UUGCUCGCGAUACGACUUCACGUUACUUUAGUCUUGUUCUUCAAAGAAGCUUACCACAUUUUUAAUUUUACGUACAAAACAACAUCUAAAACACAUUAUAAAUACAUACUAUCUAUGGCUAGUACUUCGAAAAAAGUUAAAAGUAAUGAAGAAUUUCCCACUGAUUGGGAUGUUGACGUAUACCGCGCUGACCAUGAAAGUGAGGAGCAUUGGCAAAUGAGGCGCCACUUCAUGGAGCUGCAUAAGGACAAAUUCCCAGAAGAACGUCUAGUUUGCCUAGCCGCAGUGUUUACAAAUAUGGAAUUUAUGGGCUGCAGGUAUCCAUCUGAAACAAUGCGACUCGUUGCCGAGUUGUCAAAAGAAGUGGUAAAAGAUUAUAGAAAAAGCCGAGAAACACGACUGAAACGUACAUUUGUAGCAGCGUCAGAAGCGGCUGAGGCGCGCGUCAAAGCUAGGUCUGGAGGGCAACAAGGGCAACAACAUCUUAACAGUAGAAAUAAUUCUCAUAACAAAAAAUCAGGUAUGCAUAAAACUAGUGAUCUCUUUGAGGGCUUACCAUUCGGAAAAUUUGUGCUAUUUCUUAACGGUGGCCGAAACUGUUUGCGGGUCUCUGCUCAAAAGUAUAAUAUGGAAUAUGAAGAAAAAGAAUCUGAUGGACCAAAUAAUAAUAAAAAAUUAUCAAUCUUCUUGAAUGGAAAGUUUGUAACUAGUGCUUGCGAGGAAAAUAUUAAAGCAACAAAAGCACAAGCAUUUGUUAAUGCUUUGGCAGUUCUGCAAAAGAAUUGUUAUUCAAUAAAGCCGAACCCUCUACGUGAUACCAUAAAAAUAAAUAAAUCCAAUAAUCAGGUCGUUUGCGGAGUAGUCAAACAAAAGGCCGAUAAUGCGGAAGAUAAAAAAUUGGAUGCCUCUAAUAAAGGAUAUAAAAUGAUGAAGCUAAUGGGUUGGACUGGGGGUGGCUUAGGAUCAAAAACACAAGGCAGAGAAGAACCCGUAGGCUACUUAUUGAAAAACAAUCGCGCUGGUCUCGGUAACGAGGGGGGCAAAUUAGAUCGCAAUUAUUUUAGACAGAUAUUAAAGAAUUAUGUGGAAUCUGAAGAUAUACGGGAGUUGCAAUUUGAACCCACAUUUACAAAGGAAGAACGUGCUAUGUUGCAUGAAAUCGCAGGAAGAUUUAAUUUGAAGUCGACAAGUAAUGGAAAAGAUGAAGAACGACGUUUGGUCAUAUCAAAGAAAACGAUUUCUAACGAGCAGAUUCUCACUGAAAUUUUGCUGAAAAAUAAUCCAAAUUAUAUUGACAAGUAUUCUGUACAAGUACCAGAGUCAAAAGCACGUUUUUACCCAGAACACACCGAAAUUUUAGAGUUGGACAUGUAAAAUAAAUAUUGACGCACUUUUUACCGAUAAUUAUUUAAGCUGCCCUGACGCCCCGUUGUACUGACAUACGCAUACAUAUAGUUUUUGUAAUAAACACUGACGAUUUAA